AUGGAACUGCUUACCAAUUGGUACAACACUCAGAACAAUGAGUUUACAAAGAAAUCAGAUCAGUUCCUGCAGACUACACUCAAUGUCUCUAUCCAUCAGCAACAGCAGCAACAGCAUGAGGUGUUACUCACUGACCAACCAACACAAAAGAUACCGAUCCCAGCCGACUACUUCCUCGCACCACUCUCACUCAAGAUGUUUGUCAGCCAUUUUGGUAGGAACAGUCUGACGCUGUUCAAAUUGAUCAUGCUAGAGAAGGGUGUCAUUGUGUUUAGCUCACAGCCAAUCAAUGCUGUCUGUGAAACAAUCACUGCCGUCACCUCUCUCUUUCCCCAUUCAUACGAUUACUUUGUCAAUCACAAUCCGGCUGUCAACAAAUCAUUCGUCAUUGAUUGGCAGCAGCAACACAACAAACAACACCAACAACAUCUACACAGCACCAACGACAUCAAGGACUAUGCAUUGCCCUUGAACCUUUUCUCAUCAAAGUACAUCGUGCAUCCCUAUCUUUCAUUGCAUCAGAUGUCAAUCCUAUCGCCAGCCAACCCACCACCAACAACAGCGCCAGUAUCACCUCGUGAACUAUCUGGAAGUGGUGGAAGGAUCAUCAAUAACUACAAAGGCUUCUUCGUGGGCACAAGCAACAACCUAUUCUUAAAGACUCCUCCUCAAACAACACAUGCAAUAGUUGAUAUACAAAGUAGUGAGAUCAUAUAUAGAGAUGAGUCACUGAAUCGAGUGAUGGAGCUACAGUCAUCGGAUAGAAGGUUCAUUGACAACAUUAUCAACACAAUCAAUGAUCCACAGCAGCAGACCAAUCAGUAUAUUGGCAGUGAUCAGUGGAUUCGAGAUCAAUUCGAGCUCUACCUACUAUGUCUGCUCUCCAACCUUGCCAAUCUAAUCAAGAUUGAAGAUGGAAGGUCAGUGAUCACUCAUCUGGAUUCGAUGCAAGCGUACAACGAGUGGUGGAUCAGAUCAUGGAUUGGAACAAGAAGCUUUAAUCAUUGGAGAACACAACUGUUCAAGAUUAAUCCUACUCCAGCUAGUCCAUCAAACUAUCCAAUACAUCCAUCAGGACCACCAAGUGAUAUACUGGAUAAUAUUCAAGAUAAGUUGCAGAGCUCGAUGAAGGACCUACAACCACUCACGACCAAUAUAUCCAAGGCACUGUUUGGAGCAUCUUCAUUUCUAUUCAACAGCCUAGCUGGUACUUCUGUUGAUGAUGGAGCACAACAACAAACAGUGGACUCUACAACAGUUUCAGAGGGAAACUGGGCAAAGGUUCAAGAGAACGCCUCAAAGGCAACAAAUGCAAUGAAACCUUAUGUUUCAAGCGGGAAGGCAUUGGCAAAGAAAUGGUCUUGGUCACUUCUUGAGAUGGUAGCACCAGAGACACCAAACUCUGAAGGAUCAUCAUUAGUCGACUCUUCUGGUAUCACCAGUGUCAAUAGUGACAACAACAACAACAACAAAGGUCAUAUCAAUUUCCAAGCUCUCCAAGACCAGCCAACAAACAUGACAAACUCUCCAUCGACAACAAUUAUUGGACUGACUACAAGUGAACCAGGAGCAUCACAAUCGACAUCACUAUUCGAAUUCCUUGAAGAAGUAGACACUGAUGAUAUAUACGAAUUAUAA